GUUUUAAAUCUCCCUUUUCCUCUUCCAGAUGCUGUCAACAGUGUUGAACAUCAUCAUCUUUGAGGACUGCAGGAACCAGUGGUCGAUGUCGCGGCCUCUGCUUGGCUUGAUACUGCUCAAUGAAAAGUAUUUCUCUGACUUGAGGAACAGUAUAGUGAACAGCCAGCCUCCGGAGAAACAGCAGGCCAUGCACCUCUGCUUUGAGAACCUCAUGGAAGGCAUCGAACGCAACCUCCUCACCAAGAACAGGGACAGGUUUACGCAGAACCUGUCGGCGUUCAGGCGGGAGGUGAACGACUCCAUGAAGAAUUCCACCUACGGCGUCAACAGCAACGACAUGAUGAGCUGACGGCGCCCGAGUCCCGCCUGCACAGAGCAGCAUCUCUUUGGCCUGGCCCAGAGGGGUUACC